GACACUUCACCACGCUUUUCGUCUGCUCUCAUCGCCGUUGCCGCUUCCGUCUCCGAACUGACGCGGUUCGGGGCUGUGUCGGCUCUGGCCGCUCGCGGGGUAGCGGGCGGGGGGCGGUUGCGGGCGGCUCGCAGGGAGCCCCCCGUGGAGCCCCCCGAGAUGUCCGCGGCCGCACUUUGGCUCCCUAUGACAAGCAACCAAGACUUCUUAAGGGAUUACCUCAAGAUGUUGGCGAACAUCGUCGUCCUGAGCCUGCUCAUCUCGGUCUCUCUGGCGUUCUGGAUCGUGUCCAUGACUGCGAGCACAUACUACGGCAAUAUCCGACCGAUUUCUCCAUGGCGCUGGCUUUUUUCAGUCGCAGUUCCUGUAGUGAUUGCUACACAGGGUUUUAAGAAGAGGAGUCUUGAUCACAGUGGUGCAUUGGCAGGACUGGUGGUUGGAUUUAUCCUUACAGUUGCCAAUUACAGUUUCUUCACUUCUUUGCUUGUAUUUUUUGUCACUUCUUCAAAACUUACUAAAUGGAAAAAAGAUAUAAAGAAACGUAUAGAUUCAGAAUACAAAGAAGGUGGACAGAGGAAUUGGUUGCAAGUAUUUUGUAAUGGUGGUAUUCCUACUGAGCUGGCUAUCUUGUAUAUGAUAGAAAGUGGACCUGGUGAAAUUCCAAUAGACUUUUCAAAGUAUUACACGGCAUCAUGGAUGUGCUUAUCCCUUUUGGGAGCUUUGGCGUGCUCUGCUGGUGAUACGUGGGCAUCGGAAAUUGGGAGUGUUAUGAGUAAAAGCAAGCCAAGGUUAAUAACAACCUGGAAACAAGUUCCAGUAGGUACUAAUGGAGGAGUUACAUUGGUGGGCCUGCUCUCAAGUUUUCUUGGUGGCAUGGUAGUAGGUAUAGCCUACUACAUAACACAGCUCAUUUUUGUAAAUGAUCUGGAUGUGUCGGCUCCACAAUGGCCAAUUAUUGUGUUUGGAGCAGCAGCUGGAUUACUGGGAUCAAUUCUUGAUUCAUAUUUGGGUGCUACAAUGCAAUACAGUGGUUUUGACAAGAAUACCAGCAUGGUUGUCAACUACCAAACAAGAGACUGCCAGCACAUAUCUGGAAAGCCUAUAUUAGACAACAAUGCAGUGAAUCUUUUUUCAUCUCUGCUCGUUGCUCUGGUGUUUCCAGCUGUGGCAUUGUGUUUUUGGCCAAGACGUUGAAAUGACUCCAGGCUUUGGGCAUGUAAUCAGUUAUAUUCAGUCUUUCUUAAAGACUUCUAAGAGUCCUCUUUGAGCACUCUGAAAGAAAGGGAUCUGAACAUUUGAGAGAGCAAAUGGAUUUCCAUCUCAACUUAUGUAAGCUUUGUAUGGCAGUAGCCAUCUAUCAGGACAAGAGGUCUUGUCAGUUUUGCUGUUGCUGCUCUUUGAGUGGGUGCAGAUUGUUGCCAAGUGAGAUAAAGCACUUUGUUUGUCCUCCUGAAACCAAAGGAUUGGCUUCAGUGGUCUCAAUGGAGGAGCAAGAAGCUGGAAAUGGAAGUCUGGUCUCCAUUUACCCCAGGGUAUUGGAGCACUGAAGCUACUGUCCAAGCCAGGCACAAAGUCCUCUGUAACUUUGUUUAGGCGGAUAACACACUUAGAAAGGAAUAAUUCUGGUUCACUGUUUCCUAUAAUUGAGAGUGUGUAAAGUUUUAUGGAAUUAUUUUGGGGAGGGAAAAAAAAAAGAGUUAAGCCUUGUGGCCUAUUCUGUACCCUGAUAAAACUUUUCCUUCCCUGAAAAUAAGUUUGUUAAAAAUAAUGCUAUUACAUAAUGUUUGGAGCAAAAGACUAUGUUUAGAAUUUAAAAACACAAAACAAAAAUGUACCCAGUAAGAAUAAUAAAUUUGCCCAUGUUUAUUUGAAAUUGUUAUUUCCUAACUAAUUAAAUAUAUGAAGAUUAUUAUCACUAUUGUAAUGCAAUAGCUAUUAAAUUAUCUAUGAUUAAAUUUCAAAAUUUUAAAUUCCCAUUCACUGUUUUAUAAAGGUGAGAUUGUCUCUGUAAGCAAAGAAUUGCUUCAUAAUAUUUAGCGUUCUGAGCAAACUGUAUUCUUUGGUUCUUGCACAGCAGUGUGAGUUUUUGUUUGAGGUUGUUAUUCACAGAUGAGAGUCUCAACCAAAGAAGCUAUGGAAGUUAUCCUCAAAGUGAAUAGAGGGAGUCUCAUUGACAGAUCAUUUCAUAGAAUCACAAGGUUGGGAAGGACCUACAAGAUCAUCUAGUCCAACCAUCCUCCCGUUACCAUUGCUACCACAAGCUACUAAAACAGAUCUUGUAGCUCCAAAGGGAAGCGGAAAUUUAAUUUUUAGUGCUUUGUAUUCUGUAUAGAUGAUUCCAUCUCUCAUCGUUAAUUAUAGAAGAUGUGGAAGUUACUGAGCCAGCAUAGAUUGUAUUUAAACUUCCUGUAUACCUUCAUAGUACCUGGAGACAUUCAAACCGUAGAGCCCAUUCUGUUAACUUAAAAGCUUCUUAUUUUUAUCUUUAAAGGGGUAGUUGAAGAUUUGUAUUAAAUAGCUGAUGUAUAGUUUAUCUUUCUUAUUUUUUUACUAUCAUGUUGUGUGUUGCCUUGUCCAAAUUCAUUUGAAUUGAACUCUACCCCUUUUUGAGAAUAUUCAGUAAUUUUAAUACCUUCCACAUGGGGUUUAUUGAUUUGAAAUCUACUCUGUAAGUCUGAAAUUCAGCACUGGAACUGAGUAACUGUGUAAUCCAGUUUUCAAAGGUAUAAAAGCUUUCUGAAUAGAGCUUUCUGAAUAGAGCAAGUUUGUGUGGUUGCUGUAUGUCAGCCUUUAUGUGGAAAAGCACACAAUUGUAAAAGGAAUAUAUACCCUUAAUCUAUAGCAAUGUAUACAUGAGGUUUUUAUAGGUUGAAUGGAUUUAUGCUGCUUCUACAUAAAGGCUGUGUUAGUCAGCUUUUAGGAUUUUAUUAGUACUUCUGUAAUGUCUAGAAUUAAGAAAUGCACAUUUUUGUAAGAUAAUUUUUCUUUCAAUCAAAUGCCUUGGGUUUUUUAAUUAUUAUUAUUUCAGUUCUUGAAACAAAGUCUGUUUUCCUAAACUGAGGUAGACUUAGCCUGCUUUUCACUGCUGUUCGAUACGACUCUCCUUUUAAAAAUAACAUGUCACAUUGAGAAGACUUGUGUAGUUUUAAGUCCAUAGCAGCAUGAAAUGCUUUGAUCUGUUAUCAUCUGAAUUAAUGUGAUCCCAUGAGAGUCCUGCAGGAAGGACCUUCAAAGGCCACUAUUUGGAAUUUCACCUUUGUCUUAUCUUCAUGGUGGUGACAUUGAGUUGUUUAUGAGAUUUCCGCUCUUAAAUCUUCAAUAUUUAGAAAGAUCAGAGUACUCCUGAACUCCAGAAAGGACAGUGUUAACUCUAGGUAUACUAUAACAACUGAGGUACAGCUGAUGCUAAUUUAGUUAGUUCUUUUUAAUAGAAGUUGCAGGGAGGAAGAUACAGUGUGUGGCUGUACUUUUUUUUUUAAUUGAGAAGUUUCUGUUGUGAAACAUUCCUCAUUUUUUGCUUUGAUUUUUAGAUGUGUUGGAAGUUCAAGUAAAAGUAUGAUAAUGGCAUAAUUUAUUUUUAAUAAAUGACAUAUGGCAAUCA